AUGGUCUGGGGUAGUCGCCAGCCAAAAGAUUCCAAUGGCUCUCCCCCGCCUGAUGCCGAUGCAGACAAGCCCGUUGCGCGGGAGAAGCUCCCCACAAAGUUGCAACAGCUAGUUGACCGGGAAGACGACUUUUAUGAUGAUAUCUACUCUCCAUACUCCGUCGAUUCCACAGACACCCCCUACCGCUAUGCCGCAUACGCCCAGCGCAUCCGCACUAUCCUCCUCUCCGCCCACCGCUACGUCGCCUACACCUCAGACAUUGGCGAGUCCUUCCGUCCCGUCGCACACCCCUACCUCGUCCGCUCUGCCUACGGUAUCUCCUGGGCCUACCUCCUCGGCGACGUCGGCCACGAGGGCUACAAAGCGUACCUGCGCAAUCGCCGCGCCCUCGCCCCACCGGGCGACGCGCACAAGGAUGCCAGCUCUAUCACGUCCGAGCAGAUCAUCCGUGGCAUGGCCACGGGGAAUAUUAGCAUGCCCUUGACGAAAGAAGGGAGAGCUGCGCUAAAGGAGAAGGAUUCGUUGACGCCCUGGCCGACGACGGAGAUUUCGCUUGCCGAGGAUUAUCGGAUGGUUAUGGCCAAGCGGGCUGUUUUCCAGAGCAUUGCUAGUAUGGGACUGCCUGCUUUCACUAUUCAUAGCGUGGUGAAGUAUUCGGGUCGUGCGGUUAAGGGCGUGAAGAAUUCGCUUUUGCGGACUUGGUUGCCUAUCGGGCUCGGUCUCUCCGUCGUGCCUUUCCUCCCCUACCUCUUCGAUCACCCUGUCGAAGAAGCCGUGGACUGGGCCUUUGGCACCGCCCUCCGUAUUUACGGCGGCGAAGAUGCUGUCCGUCCCUUGCCUACCCAUGCGCUCCUCUCCAAACCCGCUACUGAGGAAAGUGGAAGUGUGACAGCUGCCGCAAAGCUCUCGUGGGAAGAGUACAAGAACGAGCGGGAAAAGGCUCGUGAGCUCCGUCGGGAGGAGGGCGGUAGUAAGCCGCUGUCUAGUUGGUUUGGAGGCUGGACCUCUGAAUCUGAGAAGCCGAAGAAGGAGUAA